GGAGAUGUGGAUAAGUGGAUUCGCGAUUUUGAAUUAAUCGCAUCUUGCAACGGCAUCAAAGGGAGUGCGCAUCUGGUCACAGCGUUGGGUGCACUGCUUUCCGGACGAGCGUGGGCCGCUUACGAUUUGAAUUUGGAAAGCAACCAAUCUCUUGAUUUUGAGAAUUUGAAAGCCGCAUUGGUGGCAGAGUUUUCAAAGGAGGGUGACCGCGAGAAGGCAAUGAACCAAAUCACGGUACCAAUGUAA